AAGAAGAAGAAGCAGAAAGGGGGUGAAGAAGAAGAUCCUCCGCGUCCUCCCCAAGCAGACCUUCUCCACCGACACAGCGCCAAAUUCUCCGAUUGCGCCAUCUGCCUCGUCGAAUUCGCGGUCGGGGAUGAGUUCCUGGUGCUCCCGCAGUGCGGCCACGGCUUCCACGUGGACUGCAUCGACACCUGGCUCGGCAACCAUUCAUCCUGCCCUUCCUGCCGACAGAUACUCGUCGUCAACCGGUGUCAGAAGUGCGGCGGCGUGCCCUCGAGCUCCUCGUCCGCUGCGGCCGUCCCCGAAGGAGGAGGUGGAACGGAAACGGAGGCGAGAUUGAAGGCGCGAGGCGGCGGGAGGCGGCGGUGA